UACCGCAAACGAACAUAAAUAGCCCAAGUGACCGAGAAAAACAGCAGUUCAGAAUACAGUUUAGAGAAACAUCAGAAGUAAAAUAAAUUUUCGGACAACUUAUUGUAACAUCAUUCAAACAACUUUUAAAGAACUGCGUGACAACACGAUUGAAACAAAAAUUAAGAAAAGAAAAUCCUCAAAUUUUUAGUAAAUACAAGAUGGAUCACACAAAUUAUGGACGUUUAUUGAAAGGACUGUACGUUAUGUGUAUACUAAGCACUAUUCUGAAAGGGUAUGAAGCAGACGAGAGUUUAAAGGUUGGAAUGGACUUACAAGAACUUACAAGCGAAGAAAUGAGGGAGCAAAUUAAGGAACUUUUAGAAAAACGACCGGAACGACCAGACACUCCAGAUUUUCUUGGAGAUUUCGAAGACCUUUUCGAAAAAUUAAACAAACUGGCCACUAGAAUGCCAGCAGGGUUUGUCUUCAACUGGGCUCAGCUCGGAUUGAAGGAUGGCCACCCUACACUACUCAACGAAAGAGCCAUGAAGUGCCUUAAAGACGGCAAUAAGUUUACCGACUUCCUUCGUCGUCUGCCGGAAAUCAUCAAAGAGCUACAUGACGACAUCACCGACUCGGUCGACGUGGACUCGUCCGACAAAUCCGACAACGACACCAGCUCCGACAUGGACACAGCCAGCAACUCCACGGAUUCGUCGGACACGGAUGGCAAGAAAUCCACACAGCCCAAAGACUCAAACGGAGACGAUCAUAGGAGGAGGAGGCGAGACACGGGGGAGUUCGAGUUGGACGACCUCUUGGAGAAGUUACAGGACGAUGACCUUGAAUGCCUGUCAGGGUUCGUCAGCAAGGGGGACAAAGGGUUUCUCUGCAGACGAUACGCCCAGGGUUCAGCCGCCAUCUUUGCCAGGAUGCCUGCCCUGGUGACCGGAUGCGAGGAGUAUCUGGACGAUGACGAAGUGAGUCAGGAUAAGAGCCAAGAGUUGGCUCAGAUUGGCGAGUUUAAAAUAGAUUUAGACGAUCAGAUAUCCAAGGAGAGAGACCACGAUAAGGAUAAGGAUUCGAAAGAAAAAAUAAGCGUCGUAAAAAUAGAGGACGACAGCGACGAGAAAGAUAAUAACUCAACGAUGAAAGACGACUCGAAAGAGAUAACGGAUGAUAAAGAAAUGAAGAUAAGCGAUGACUCUAAAGAAUUGGUCGGGGAUAAUAAAUCAAAGGAAAAAUUAGAGGAAAUACUCGAUGAAAAAGUAGAGGAUAAAUCCGAUGAUAAGGAUGAUAAAAAAGUUGAAUUAAUUGAAGAAUUAAAAGAAAAGGUUGACAGUGAAGAUGGUGAUGAUGACAUGCCGGAAGUCGCUGAUUCGCAUGAGCGCGAUGAUGAUGAUGAUGAUGAUGAUGAUAGACGAUACCCACUGAACGGAGCCCACCAAAUAGCUCUCAUCUCACAACUGAAAGCCGCAGGGUGGGACGACAGCAGGGUGAAGCAGGCGCUGAGGCUGGCACCGGAAGCUCUAGACGACGAUUUCCUGGAGGACCUGAAAGAGGAUUUGUUUGAGAAACACAUCCAACAGUUCGCCCGACUGGCCACACGCCGCUCCAGCAACCCCAGCCUCCUGUACGCCUUCAGGGAGAAGCUGGACGACGACGUCAGGAACCUGACGCCGGAAAAACUGCGCAACAUCGGGCCGGGCCUCUUCUCUCUCAGCUACCAGCAGAUCCAGACCUUGAACAUGAAGGUCCUACUCGACGCGGACACCGACGAUCUGUUCGAGGAUAAAGACGACGACGAAGAUGAUGACGAUUCUAAGGAGCAGGUCGCGAAGCCAAGCGUGAGGAGAAUUCAAGUCCGCGACGACGAUGAUGAUGAUGAUGACGAUGACGACGAUGACGCUAGACUUGCUAUUGGACUGAGGAUGAAACAAGCGAUCCGCGAGAGUGGGCAGAUCCGGCCAUUCAUUAGGAAAGGCUUGAGUUUCCUCCAUGAUGACCUUGACUUUGUACGAAGCAUUGACCCAGACGACUUAUUCGAGUCCAUGUCGGAGAUUCAAGAUUUGGAUUUUGAUGACGACGAUGCCAAGACCGUCUUCUACCAAAUGACGCAGUCCGCACGUUUCCCACCCGUCGGUCAGCUGACUGGACACAACCUCACGGGCAUGGGCCACCUCUUACGGGGCAUGGCCGUCAGCCAGAUGAUGAACUUGAGGAAAGACGCCAUCAAGGAAGCUUUGGACAAGAUUAAAGACAUAGACUUUGACGAUAGUCAGGCUCAAGUUAUUCUGGAUGAUCUCAUUGAUGACGACGAUGAGCUGGAGAAAUUUCAAGUGGACAACGUUCGCAGACUGGGUAAAUUGUUCCGUGGGAUACAGACCAACCAGAUCGUCAAAAUCAAGAGUGACGUCAUCGAGAGUGUGCUCGACGACCUUGAUGACAUUGACCUGAGCGACGCCCAGAAGAGAAUCAUUUCCAGCAUGGCCCGCCAACAAACCAAACUCCCGGCCAAGUUUUUAACUCUCCCGAGUUUUGCACAAGUGCUCAGCGUGCCGGAUCUUGAUGACCUUGAUGACGACGACAUUCAAGUGUACAUGAACGUGUCUGGACACCUCAACUGGAGGCUUCCACAGGCCGCAGAGCUGGCUCACAGAUACAUCCACGCCACGGCCAGCCACAGGCUCCAGCUGUCUCAGCUGGCCAUCAUGGGGAAGGUCGCUUCCGGUCUGGUGCCCGAUGACUUGGACGAUUUGAUGAAAACCCCGGAGGACAUUUUAGAACUCGCUGAAAAACUGAAGGACAUUCAAGACGACUUGACCUCAGGACAGAUUGAUGAAAUGGUUGAACGGUACUCAGAUUUGCUAAAGACGGACAUAGAGAUUGAUGAUAUUAAAGCCACACAAGGAGCAUUUAUGUUUGCUCAUUUAAAACCAGAAGAGUUUACCAAGCUCCGCUUCAGUAAACCUGGCCAAUUGGCGUUCGUCACUCAGCUUGCCAGGAUGUCCACUCAAAAAAUGAGCACAAGCCAAAUCCAAUUCCUGGCAACGAUGAUGCUUAACAUGCUUGAGGAAUCAGAUGACUCGAAGGAGGUGAAAGUCUCUGAAGACAAAGAAUCCAGACGCCUGAGGUCACUGGGUCAAAUGGCCCUUGGUCUAACAGCUUCUCAGCUAAAGAGCUUCAGUAGUAAAGCCCUCUUUGACAACCUGAACUUUCUGAGAUCACUGCCACUAACAAAGGAGCAGGCCAGCGCCAUUUUGGACAAAAUGGAUGACAUUGCCGAAAAAUGGCACUGCCGUCCAGAUAUCAUGGCCAGGCUGGGUCCCCUCCUGCUGCAUGACGACCACCCACUGAGUGACGACUGUGAUUUUGAAGAACGCAAGGGACUGCUGAGCACUCUGAGUCCUAUCAUGAAAGGCCUCGAGAAGAGACGGGAGAUGAUCAAAGAGAGGCUGGAGGAAGGGUUUGACAGGGAACUCCUGGAUGACUUUGACGACGGUGAAAAGCGGUUGGUCAACGCCAUGGUUUUACUGGCUACCCAAUCCACAAAACCAAACACUCGCCGCAGGAGAGCUGCAACAGUCGAAGGUCCCCUAGCCUGUGACGUCAUCACACGGCUCAAGAGCGCGGCCCGCCACGUGGAGCCCCAGCGAUUGGCUACCAUGAGGGACGACGACUUCAUCAACUGUCUGUCGACGCUGGGCGCCAUCAGAGACUGGCCUCAACAGAGCCUGCAGACGCUUGUCAGCAGAACCAAAGAGAUCUACAGUGAUGUCGGCAACUGGACCAAUGAGAUAAUCCGCCGGGCUGGCUCCAUCAUCUCAGCACUGACCCCUGAAGAGAUUGAACGUCUGGCACUGAACGGCGUGGAUGCCAUGAACAGUGUGGCUAAACAUGGGCUCUUGUCCAUCCAACAGUUGAAGGCAGGUUUCCGCCGUUGGUUGAGUUUAUCUGGCAAAGCAGACGUCACGCAUGUCACAGAAGGCGAAUUCUCAGCCCUCUCCCACUUCGUCUGUGGAAUCGAACCCGCCGAUAUCCAGAAGAUAAAUGUCGUCAUCAUCAAGCGUUCAAUCGAUGUGAUCGGCCGCUCUUUAUCCUGCGAGACUCCACAACUAGAAGCUUACAUCCAGAAAGUGAUAGAAUCCUUUGGGACACAGAUAGACACCUGGAGUCCAGCUAUUGUUGGCGACAUGGGCCAUUUGAUAGCUGCUUUGAACGUCGAUCAACUGAAAAGUUUGACAACAAAUCAACUGUCUCUGAUUGAUCCUAGCGUUAUCAAACACCUACCACAGGAAAAGAUAACUGCACUGACCACUGUCCAGUUCAAGUCACUGAGCACAAACCAAGUGAACGCCAUCACCGAGGCCCAGUACAAAGCUCUAACGGCGGAGCAGCAGAAGAUGGUGGACACCAAGACCACUAUCGCCUUCCCGCAGGUAGCGGGCACCACCACAAACCCAGGAUCAAACAACAGAAACGGUGCCGCCAUCACGACAUGCAGUCUACUUCUGUUACUGUCAGCACUCCUGGUCUUCAUUGGUUGAUCACGUUUUUUUAGUAUCGAUAAUAUUGUUUUCCAUUCCAAAGAUUUUUUAUCUGCACAAGUUAAUUGUUAUCUUUUUUAUCAACAGACAAUGUAAAAGUGUAAAAAAAAUUAAAAAUGUUUUAGUAAAAAGUUAUUAAACCCGUGCGGUGACAUGCAUUUAUAUACUACAGUUAUUUUUGCAAUGUUUUUUUUUUCCUUUUUGACAAUCAGUUGUGAUCAAAUACAACUUGUUUUAUUUUUAUCUUUUGAAUUAUCGUGUAGUGACUUAAUUAAUUAAAUAAAUUCCUGAGCUACUACGCUUCGAACGUAAAUUCUUUAUGUUUUUUUUUUCUGAAGGUAUUUGCUUGAUAAGUUCGACUACCUAAGUAUUAAAACUUGCCGAUUGUUAAGUGUGCCAUAUUCAAUUUUUUCCCAAUGUUUCAUUCAUGUCGCACCCCUAUUUUUAGCAUUACGAACACAGAAUUGAGUAUUAAUAGCAUGAGCACACAUUCGGCUAUUAUGAUUUACUUCCCUUUAGUACUUCAAAGCCCUAAAAUGUUUUUUGGCCAGAAACAAACACUGACAGCGGAUACCUAAUUGUGCAGCUAAUAAAAAAUAAACAAGAAGACCAACAAGUAUAUGAACAAGUAAAUGGACGAUAACAGAACUGAGUGAAUUACUUUCUACCCUUCUGAUUGUUGCAUGUGUUUACUUAACGUCCGAAAAAAUUGUAAAUAAAUGUGUUCAAUAAAAACCAAAUAUUCAAUAAUUUUCUGUAAUUUUCACAUUCCAAUUUUAUGUAUAUUAAUUUAUUUUUUAGUUUUUUAAAGUGUUUCAGCAAAGUUGGUGUCAUUCAAAACAAGCAUGUCUUUCACAUAUACAUAUACAUAUACAUACAAGAUUAACAAAUACACUUGCAAAUGCAUAUAUACAUAUACACAUAUAGCCUACAUACAUAUACAUACAGUCCACAUGCUAAAACGUCAAUAAAAUGUCAUGUUGUUGGGGUUUUUUUUAAUGUAUUAUUGUAUCAACUGAACGUUUACACCUAAAAGUAUCUAGACAUAUGAAACAUUUUUUUUUUAAUUUAGGUUUACGAAACUAUUGACUUUAUGAUAUUGUCUAGUAGAGAACAAAAAUGUCUGUAUUUCUAUGAUUUAAGUAGAGGAUACAAAUCUGUAUUUCUAUGUAGGAGAGUACAAAUGUCUUUUUGGCCUAUACUAACAAAGUCACGAACUAUUUUGUUGAAAAUAAAAAAUUGUAUUAAA